AUGUCAAGUGCAAGUGUGGGAUCACACCAGGCCCUCACGGGCAGGACCGACGCCGACGCGCGAACGAGUGAACGAACGAACGACGGCGCGGGUUGGGGUUGGAAGAUUCCUCCGAAUUUCUCAUUUGCAAGGGGGUCUCGCGAGGCUCUGGGCAGUACCCAGAGUCGCGAGGACGGGCUGGGAAGCUCGCCGUGUGUAGCAAAGAAACGCAGCAUUGGUGGGGAUGGCGCUUGA